AUGGUGUCCAAAAACCUGAAAAUUUGUUUGAGUGUAUCUGCAAUAAUUCUCAUUGCUAUCUCAACCAUCACUGUAGCCUUGAUAUUUACAGUUUUCAAACUGAGAGAUCCAAAUAUUAUUCUUAACAUUUCACGUUUCGACUUCCCUACACCAGGAUCUACAAAUAUAUCUAUACCCGUUUUGAUUAUAAUAAAGAAUUCAAAUUAUGGGAACUUCAAAUAUAUAGAUUCAAUUAGCUAUAUCACUUAUCGAGAUACUCUUGUUGGUACUGUUCCAAUUCCUUCACAACUUGUUCCAGCACGUCGUGGAAUUAAUGUCACCACUCAUGCAAAUUUCAUGGUCGAAGAAUUGACCGAAAAUCCAAAAUUUUCUGUUGAUAUUCAAAAUGGGACGAAAUUUUCAUUGAUGUCAAAAGCUGAACUUCCUGGUAAAGUCAUUAUUCUCAGUUUUAUCAAAAUGAAGGCUAUGGCUACUAACCAAUGUGAUAUCUCUGUUAAUAUCGCUUCCCAUGACGUUCUCAGCAAUUGCAUAUCUCAUAUCAAGAUUUAUCAUUAG